AUGGAAAAUAUUUUAAGUAGAUAUCUAAGAUUUUCGUUGAUGCGUGGGAUGACUGUCGUAGCUGGUUUCAAGUUAGGACUUGGAAGACAGUCGUUUAGAGCGAUUCAUAUAUGCAAGUUCCACAGACGCCUGAAAGACAAAUCGAUUUUUGCCAGAGAAUUUUCUUCAAGUGAAGCAAAGGAUAUUAUCAAUGAUGAAUCAGUUAUAACUUCUAAGGACAUGAGAAAAAUCCUAAAAGCAUACGUUGGCACAGGAGAUUUCUUUAAAGACAAUAGCAGAAACAGUUCAGCCUCCACUUUGUCACAGGACGAUCUAGAAACUAGGACAGUAAAUGACAGUGUUAAGCGAGCAGUUAUACCCCUUGGGGAAGACCCACUUCGACGGGAUAAAUAUCUUACAUUCUAUAAAACUGUUCGAAUUGGUAUGUUGCUUGAAGAUAUGGACACCCUUGCUGGACUUGUUGGCUACAAGUAUUAUAAAGGACCAUCAACAGAAAGAACAGCACCCUUUGCUCUGGUCACUGCAAGUGUUGACAAAUUUGACAUCAGAGAAAGUUAUAUUCGGUCAGAUAGAAAUAUCUGGAUGACAGGAUUUGUUUCUUAUGCUGGCAAAACAUCACUAGAAAUUACAAUUCAUUUAGAUCAAGAAAACGGAGAGUCAAGAAAACGAGUUGCUGAUGCAACAUUUGUUAUGGUUGCAAGAGAUCCAGUAGAGCAGCAAGGGGUGUUUGUGAAUAGAUUAGUACCUCAGACACCAGAAGAACAAGAAAUUUAUAACAAAAGUGCAAAAAGCCGCAAAGAAAUGAAGCUAAGCAAACAACAGUCACUUUUUAAAGCCGCUCCAACUGCAGAGGAGAGGAAUAUCAUACAUGAUCUCUUCCUGACUACACUGGAUCGGACAAAAUCCACUUUUCAUAAUAGAGUUAAGCCUCCUAACACUGUAUGGAUGGAACAGACAAGGUUAAAAAACCUCAUAAUCUGUCACCCUCAGUCUAGGAAUGUGUAUAACAAGAUAUUUGGUGGCUUUCUCAUGCGAGAGGCAUUUGAAUUGGGAUGGGCAACCACUUGUGUGCAUAUCAAGUCAAGACCCUCUAUAAUCAGCAUGGAUGACAUAAAUUUCCGGAAACCUGUAGAAGUUGGAUCUCUGCUCUAUCUCUCUAGUCAGAUUGUUUUUACUGAUGGAAACUACUUGCAAACAAGAGUUCAUGCUGAAGUUUUAGAUCCAAAGACAGGACACAUAGACACAACGAAUGUAUUCCAUUAUCAUUUUACAAGCAAGCAAGAAUUUCCACGAGUCAUUCCGAUGAGUUACGGUGAAUACAUGCUGUAUUUAGAGGGAAGAAGGCACGCAGAAAACUAUACAAGGAAGCAGCAAAGUAGUGAUGAGAGUGUUGGCUCUUUAUAAAAGUUAGAAAGAUUGCGUUUCGUUCCCUGAAUACAAAAUUGAAGAAUUUCUUUGAGGUAAUCUUCCCAAUGGAAGUUUUUUGAGAUGUUCGAUGUAACUCAUAUAUGUCAGCCACUAA